AUGUACAACGACACUCAUAUCCAAGCCAACUUGAGCACAUAUGAUGACUCGGAAGGACUUCUGACAACGAGCGUUAAGAUCACUAUUGUUGUGGUUUACAUGGUUGUAUGCGUGGUGGGACUAAUCGGCAACUGCCUGGUCAUGUAUGUCAUUAUAAGGUUCACAAAGAUGAAGACAGCCACCAACAUCUACAUCUUUAAUCUGGCUUUGGCAGACUUCCUGGUAUUGUUCACUUUGCCCUUCCAAGGCACUGAUGUCUUGCUUGGCUUUUGGCCCUUUGGCCUUAGUCUGUGCAAGGUUGUUGUGGCCAUUGACUAUUACAACAUGUUCACAAGCACGUUCACUCUAACCAUCAUGAGUGUGGACCGUUACAUUGCCGUAUGCCAUCCGGUACGUUCUCUGGCUGUGCGCACGCCCCACAGGGCUAAACUGGUCAAUGUAGCUGUGUGGUUGCUGGCCUCUGGUAUCGGCGUGCCGGUCAUGGUGAUGGGGCAGGAGGAGGUGGAGCCAAAUGGUAGUAUUGAGUGCAUGGUGGUACUACCUGACCCUCAAGACUUCUGGGAUCCCAUAUUUGGGACCUGUGUGUUCACCUUCUCCUUUGCGGUUCCUGUGGCAAUAAUCAGCAUCUGUUAUGGCUUGAUGGUUCGACGCCUGCGGAGUGUGCGUGUCUUCUCGGGCUCGCGGGAGAAGGACAGGAACCUGAGGAGGAUUACUCUUAUGGUAUUGGCUGUGGUUGCUGCCUUUGUGGUUUGCUGGACGCCUGUUCAAGUUCUGGCUCUGAACCAGGCCCUGGGGAAGGUGGACCUCGGAGGUAGUCAUGCCAUGGUGACUCUUAUGCACUUUUGCAUUGCACUUGGCUAUGCCAAUAGUAGCCUAAACCCUGUCCUAUAUGCUUUUCUGGACGAGAACUUCAAACGCUGUUUCCGUGAGUUCUGUCUUCCAGCCAGCUCUGCGGGAACGGGUCGCGGUGGCAGCAGAUUGAGAAGUCGCCCCAACCCGCCACCAGUGUAG